AUGAAGUUCCCCUCCUGGACCGCCGGGCUGGUCGGGGCUGCUCUCUUAUCCCCAGUCGUCCACGCGAUCGAUGUCUUGAAGGCCACAUCCUUAACACCAUGCUCUGAUGAUAAUGUUGUCGGCGUCAACUUUUUCGAACUCGUCUUUACGCCCGGAAAUUCAAGUGCUUUAGUUGAGUUCGAAGGAACAAUCGAAUACCAGGGUAAAAUUAAGAUCGAGGUCGAGCUGCUGGUUUACGGUUACAGCGCCAUUAAGAAGGAGCUCGACCCAUGUACCUUAUCCUCAAGUGGAUUGGGAUUAUGUCCCAUCGAACAAGCAAAAAUGACCAUUCCACGAAGUGACAUUACCGUUGCUAAAUCGUUUCUUAGCGAUAUUCCCAGUAUUGCGUAUACCGUCCCCGAUCUCGAUGCUAUCGUGCAACUCACCUUUAAAAAUUACACCUCCGGCGAAACAAUUACUUGCAUUGAAACGCGAAUCUCGAAUGAUAAAACAGUCGACCAAAUCGCUGUCUCAUGGAUCGUCGCAGUCGUCACGGGGCUGGGCCUCAUCACAACAGUGGUUAUCUCGAUUUUGGGUCAUACUCUCGUCGCUACUCACCUCAACUUCCGUACCAUGCUGUUCCUAGGAUUCAUGCAGAGCCAGGCUAUCGCGGGUAUGGCUGCCGUCGAAUUUCCCCCGAUUGUCCAAUCGUGGACCCAAACAUUCCAAUGGACCCUGGGUAUUUUACACACCUCCGCCUUGCAGUCGAUCGCAACAUGGUUUCAGCGUGCCACCGGUGGCUCGCCCGCCGAUCUCUUGGGCUUGUUGGACGAUGAAUCAGUUUUUCUGGCGAAGCGAUCGGAAACCACCACGGUCGACGGAACAGAACAAACCGUGCGCGGUAUCGAGCGUGUUGGAUUCAGGGCGGAUAUCGAAUCGUCGAACAUUUUUAUGACCGGAUAUCUGUUCUUCUACUUUGUCGCAGUUUUGAUCAUCCUGGCUAUCCUUUUCCUGCGAGCCGUCCUCCCACCUCUCUCCCGCAAGUUCAACAACCCCCGUUUGGCACAGGCUGCCAAUGCCACCUCGGAAUGGCAGACUUUCAUGCGCGGAAGUCUCUACAGAGUUGUGUCGCUGGGAUACCCUCAGAUGUGUGUGAUUUGCAUGUGGGAGCUUAUUCAGAGAGAUUCUCCCGCCGAGAUUGUCCUCGCCAUUUCCAUGUGGUUGAUCAUGAGUCUUGUCUUGCUUUACGCUGGAUUCCGCGUCUUCCAGCGUGCCAAGGCAUCUAAGGCUUUGAAUGAACACCCAGCCUACACACUUUACUCAGACCCCGUUACUCUCACCAAAUGGGGUUUCUUGUAUAUCAACUACCGCGCUCAGGCAUACUACUUCAUUAUCCCUGUUCUAGCCUCAAUUGUCAUCAGAGGUAUGGUGACUGCCUUCUGCCAAGCCGCUUGGAUCCCGCAGUCCAUCAUUCUUCUGGUUCUCGAAGCCGCCGUCAUGGUAAUCACCAUCGUCGUCCGACCAUACAUGGACCGAGCUGCCAACGGCUUCGCCAUCACCGCGACCGUGCUCAACUUCCUCAACGCACUCUUCAUGCUCAUCUUCUCUAACGUCUUCAACCAACCACAAAUGAUGACCAGCAUCCUGGGCGUAAUCUGGUUCCUCUUCAACGCAGUCUUCACCUUGGCGCUCCUCAUCUGGCUCUUCAUCGGAUUCUACUACGCCUUCACCCUCAAAGAGCCCGAUGGAAAAUACAAACGCCUCUCCGAGAACCGCGAGUCCUUCCGCAUGUCCGGCGUCGAAAACAGAAUGACAACCGAGCUUCUUCCUCUCGAGAAGACAGCCCGCGGUGAUGGAACAGACAGCCGUCUCGGAUCUCGCUGGAACGUCGAUGAAACCGGCCAUGCCGAGUCAAAUCACGAUCUCAACAUGUCCCUCAGUCACCAGGGAUCCCGAUAUAAUCUCGAUGACCGAUCACCAACUCACACCAAUGAAAAGAUUGGCGGACUCCCUAGAUCGCCUGUCCAAGAUGUAUUGGAACCUACUCUCCCUUUGAUCCCCACCAGUUCAGAUAACUCUGGAAGGCGAUCGCCUCUCUCGCCGGCUUUUAGCCAUCCAUCAAGGCGAUAA